AUGAGGGAGUCAAUAUGGGAACGUAAGGAGAAGAGAAAAAGAGGGAACCACGGAGGAGGGCGAGGAGCACAACAGAACCGGGGGGAGUUAGAGGGAGAGCGGAGAGCAGAGGAGGGGCCUUUCAUACAAAAAGGCUCUCUUUUACUUAUAGAAAAGAAAAAAAAGAGCAAAAGAAAAGCUUCUUCUCGCCUCCUGGACGCAGUGUCAAACCCAAUCAGUGUCUGUUCUGGCAGCGUUGCUCGUCUCCCAGGCACCGGCUCACAAAGAAGGCGAGCCUGGGCCGCCACACCUCUCACUUCAAAUCUGCGUCCUCCAGGACGGGCCUGGGAGCCAGGGGCCGAGGGGAGGCCCAACAAAGCACCUCAAAUGUUCAAAUUCUCAUAA